AUGCUCCUCAACAUCACAGACCAUUUGAAAUGGCUGUCCCAAACGAGGCCUCAGAUUCCUCCUAUUCCCCAGUUUCCGCCGUCGACUCCAGAUCAGCUGCAAGAACACAUCACAAAGCCUGCUCCUCCGGAUGUCGCCCGUGAAUCAGUGGCCCUCCCUCCACGGAUCAACAAUCAGACCCAGUCGAGAGUUCUGGUGCGUGCAAGUACAGUCACUCCGGAAACAAUUAAUGAAAUGAGCGGAAUCAUGGCACGCAAAGCCGACUCUGUGCGGCAAAGGAGUCUAGGAUCGUCGCAGAACAGUGUGGGUGUGAUCGAUCUGACGAACGAACGGGUCGCUGCAGCGCGCAAAAGAGCAAAUGAGGCUGCCGGCAGCUCGUUCAGCAAGAAACCGCGUAUUAAUGAUGAUGAUGAAUUUUCUGACGACGACGACAUAGAAGCUAUAUUGGCCAAUCGCCAUUCCAGCAACUCCACCACCAAAAGCGUACCGCGAGAGGAGCAAUUGUCCUUUACUGACCUAUCUAAGAUAGUUGAAAAUGUCAACCUCAUGAGCACAGACGCAAGAGAACUCAUCAAGCUACAGUUCUCACUGAUGGCGCAAAUGGAUUCAUUAUCGUCUCUUCUGCGUCAGAAUAUAUCAGUUGACGAGUCGACCUCUAUCAGCGAAGACGACAAGAGGCGCAGAAGAGGCCAGUUGGCGCAUGACAUCCAGCGAUCACAGGCAGUCUGUAAUGAAACACGGCUCCAAAUACAACAUUUUUGCAUUAAUAAAAUAGGCAGAAGGCUUGACGGUGAUAUCAGCUCAGAGAUAGAUACCACAGCCAUGCCUUUUACCAGCACAGCAUACACAGCGAAAACUACCACACAGCUUAUUCCCACACGAGAGGAAAUCAAUCAGACACCUUCAACCAUAAAUGCAACUAACCAGUCCACCUUUCCAAGUCCAUCGUUCAAAGUCCCCCCUGUACCAUCCACUGCCGUUUCUGAGCGUGAGGAGCGGCAUAACUCGCAACUGGAUAUUGAGGAUUCAUUCAAUUGCGACAGUGACGAGCCUGAGGUGAUCUCAACACAGGAAAAGGCAGAGCUUGACCAGUUCAUUGUGAACGACGAAAUUUCCGGCGACGACGAGUCUUACAAAGAGGAUGACAUAGAGGAUAUCGAUAACACAGAGCUCGGCGAUAUUCAGGGCUCGUUGGAGAUAGAAGACGUCGAGGAGGGUAUUGAACACAUGGAAAUUGUUCAGGAUAAUGCUAUUCUUCUGGACUCGCCGCAGGAUGAGUUUUCGGAAGAAGAGACAGGGAACGAUUAUUUCACACAGCUGAACGAGGAGCGAGAGCUUGACGUUAUAGACCUAGAGGACGAACAAUUUUGGGACAGCGACGCGGAGAACGAGAUUUUCGAUAGGCGCAAUGAGCAGUCGAAGAGGUCCGAGCCACAGCAGCAAAUCUCGCAACAUUCCGACUCUGAUAUCGAAGAGCUAACAAAUGUGAAUCCGGAUGCGUACAAAAAGUUUAUGGGCAAGUUCGAAUGGACUACAGAAGUGUACUCGGUGUUGAGAAAUACUUUCAAGCUGCCAUCUUUCCGAGAAAAUCAGCUUGAAGCUAUAAAUGCCACAUUGAGCGGAGAGGAUGUAUUUGUUCUGAUGCCAACAGGCGGUGGAAAAUCCCUCUGCUACCAAUUGCCCGCGCUCGUCAAGUCUGGAAUCACAAGCGGUACAACCAUCGUUAUCUCGCCUUUGAUUUCCUUGAUGCAAGACCAGGUGCAUCAUCUACUACAAAACCAAAUCAAAGCGGCAAUGAUCAACUCAAAAUCGUCUGCCUCGCAGAGGAAACAGACAUUUGACCUUUUUGUCAACGGGUUUCUCGAUCUGGUGUAUUUAUCUCCCGAAAUGAUCAGUGCCAGCGGAAUGGUGAGAAAUGCCAUCGCCACACUUCACAAGAAAAAGAUGCUAGCAAGAGUUGUUGUGGACGAGGCUCACUGUGUCUCCUCUUGGGGCCAUGAUUUCCGUCCCGACUACAAAGCUCUGAGCUAUUUCAAAACCGAAUAUCCGGAAAUUCCCAUGAUGGCCCUCACGGCAACAGCAAACGAGCAUGUUCGGAUGGACAUCAUCCACAAUCUCAAUCUGAAGCAUCCGAAAUUCUUCAAGCAGAGUUUCAACAGGUCCAACUUGUACUACGAAGUGUUACCGAAAAAGAAGACCGUGGUGGAAGAGAUCGCACAGCUGAUCAACCGCAAAUACAAAAAUAUGACGGGCAUAAUCUACUGCCACUCGAAAAACUCGUGUGAGCAAACAGCUACACGACUCGCCGACUAUGGUAUCAAAUGCGACUUCUACCACGCAGGAAUGACCCAGGACGACCGUCAAAGAGUGCAGCUGGGCUGGCAGACCAACGAAAUCCAGGUCAUCUGUGCCACCAUUGCGUUUGGUAUGGGAAUCGAUAAACCCGAUGUUCGAUUCGUCAUCCACCUUACUCUUCCUCGUAAUCUUGAGGGAUAUUAUCAGGAAACUGGAAGGGCUGGGAGAGACGGAAAACAUUCUGACUGCAUUAUGUACUACAGUAUGAGGGAUGCGCGUACUUUACAAGGAAUGAUCAUGCGUGACAAGGAGCUCGACCGGUUCAACAAGGAACAACACGUGAACAAAUUACGCCAGGUGACACAGUAUUGCGAGAACACUACAGAUUGUCGCCGUCAACAGGUGCUGCAAUAUUUCAACGAAACUUUCAACCGCAAAGAUUGUCAUAAGCAAUGUGACAACUGCAUUAAUGGCGAGAACUUUGAAGUCGAAAACCGCGACAUGACAGUGUUUGCCAAAAAUGUGAUAAAUCUCGUCAAGACUCUCAACGGAGAAAACUUGACUGUGAUCCAAUGUCAGGACGUUUUCAGAGGAUCCAAAACAGCUAAAAUUGUCAACUUGGGUCUACAUCUAAACGAGUACCAUGGAAAUGGCCGGGAUCUGCCCAAGAUGGAAAUCGAGCGGUUGUUUUUCCAUCUCUUGAGAGAAGGCUUCCUAGAAGAGAAAUCUGUGAUGAAUGCUGCUGGCUUCGCCACAAACUAUCUCGUCCUUGGGCCCAAAGCUAACGAUGUGCUCUCUCGCGGCAAAAAAGUGGUGAUACCAUUCACCAGAAGCAAGACUACCCGAUUGGAGACGCCAUCAUUGUCUAGGACAGCCAAUAAAGAGAAUACGGCUCCCCAGUUCCUUUCUGCAAGUAAGUUUUUCUCUGUCGGGCCUCCAAAUGCCAGCAAAAAGCCUGUGAAGCAGUUGGAUCCCAAGUUGGCCGACCACAUUAACAAAAGCUAUCUGAAAUUGCGAGAGCACCGGUCGCUAUGCUCUACGCACCUAAAUCAUUCAAGAGACUCGACUAUGGCGUCAGAUACCACAUUGAAAGAUAUGGCCAUGAAAUUGCCAACUACGAAAAUGGAGUACGAUAGGCUUGAUGGUAUGGAGAAAAACCAAACACAGUACUUCCAGAAGUUUGAGCGUGUUUUAGGGGCCCUAAGGCAAGAACGCGAUGCUUUGCUGGGUUCAAAGAGCCCUGAGCUCGAAGUUGUAUCGUCAUCACUCCCGUCUCAGCAGGAUCACAAAGUAGUUAAUCAACUUUCGCAGCUGUUCUAUCCAGAAAGCCAAAACACUACACGCAAAUCGAAUAAUACUUUACGAAGCAAGACUUCAAGUCAGAGAGGAGGCCGUUCGUACCGCAGAGGUGGAUCGAGAGGUGGAUCAAGAGGAGGACUGCGCCGAUCUGGUAAACCAGGCUCUCGAGGUAAUUACAGAAGAGCAAAAGUGCAACCUAAGCAGCCUUCAGGGUCUGUCAUUCGCACAAUGAGGAUGUAA